AUGACAGCAGCUUGUCUUAACGACCAAUCACGGUGAGAUGUGCUUCACUUGAAUAAAACCUCCCACCUCUGAAUAAUUGGAACAGUAAUUUCACUUAAAUUAAACAAGCAAGUUACGUUUUUUAUAGGAUAGACAUAAAUGUAUGUACAUUUGGUUUCUUAGGCUUGCUAAAAAAGUCGCUGAAAUGACCAUGAGCAACGUCAAACACUGGGAAGGCACCCCAGUUGCACCAACGACUAUGCCUGUACCAGCUGAAUGGACUCCAGGACAAUGGACGGGCGAAGAAGAAGAUUCUGAAGAAGAAUUCCGCCCAGGUGGGGAAGAGAACAAUUCGUUGAUGUUCCAAUACAAUGAAGCAUUAUCUCGUUUGUCGGAGAAAGUUAAAGUUGGAAAUUUCACCCCUUUGACAUUUCAAUUAAAUACAACGUGGGCGGAAGCAACACAGGAGGAAAAGGAAAUCUGCAUUGAUAAAGCAAUGGAAGGAUGCAAGAUCGUAUGCGAAGUAAUAGCACCAAAGGCUGGAGAUGAACUUUUGCAAUCGUGUGUGCAGUUACCCAAGCAAGAGACUGAAAAUGUUUCAGAUGAGCUGAUUACCCUUAUGCAAGCGCACAAAAAUGCUCCAACCAGAAAUUUAAAAACACAAAUUUUGAGUCUUUAUGCUUACCAGUAUUCCGCGAAAAAACUGAAAAAGCUACAUGAACCGUACGAACGCAUAACUGAUUGGCAAGUCAAGAGAGCACGAGCUCACGCCCGUGAAUGUGGACCAGGUUUUGCCGUUGAGAAGUCCACAUCUCAUCGUGUACGACUGAAUAAAGUUCAAGUAGACCACUUUAUUGAUUUCAUCAACAGACCUUACUUUUACCAAGAUGUGGCAUACGGAACUAGAACAUUAAAGAUGGAUAGUGGUGCAAAGUUAAAGAUGCCUAAUGUAAUCCGCACUGUAACUCGCUCAACCAUGAUUAACCAGUAUUUGAUGUUCUGCAAAGAAGAGAAUGUAGAGCCACUGAGUCGCGCGACGUUGUUUCGGAUCCUCCAAGUAAGAGAAGCCUCCCAGCAAAAGUCGUUGUGUGGUGUCGACAAUACAGCAGCGGAUGGUUCAGCUGGUUUUGAGAAACUUUGUAAAAUUGUGGAUGAUCUACAGGAACUAGGGCAAGAUGAUAAUUGGUCAAAAGCUAUAAAGAAGUCUCUCCUAGAUGGCAAACGUUAUUUAAAAACGCAAUACCGUAAUCAUUGCCAAGAAUCCGAGAGCCCUUGUCCUGAUCAUUGCUUGAAGUUCGGGCUUAGUGAUCCCAAAAAUGCAGACUUGAAGGAAACCUGCGCACAUGAACAUACAACACGUUGUAACCAAUGUGAUAACAUUUCUACAUGCAUCAACAAAAUAGAGCGAGCUAUCAAACAUGAAGGCCUCACGUUUUACAGUAAGGAGCAACAGGAAGACAUCGUUUAUGAUUUUGAGCAAGCUGUAAAAGCUAUCAAACAAUGGAAAGCACAUGUCAUGCGGACAACAAAUCAAGAACGCGCUAAACAGGAUGUCCUUGCAAAGCUUGACUCCAGUUCACGGUUGGUCGUCAUGGAUUGGGCGAUAAAGUUUCUACAGUUGCGCUAUCGUGAAAAGCAAAGCGAUUGGUACGGAAAAAGAGGACUUAGCUGGCAUGUUAGUAGCGUUGUAUCACGGGAUGAGUUAACUAAGAAAUUGCAAGUCACCACAUACGCGCACUUAUUCGACCAAUGUACGCAAGAUUGGUUCGCGGUGGCGUCAAUUAUUGAGCACCUGCUAACGCAUUUGAAAGCUAAACACCCCUCGCUUGAAAGUGUCUAUUUUCGAUCUGAUGAGGCAGGGUGUUAUCACAAUAACUUGUUGGUUGCUGCAGUUAGAGAUAUUGGAGAGAGAUUUGGAAUAACUGUUAAAAACUAUGAUUUUUCCGAGCCCCAAAGUGGAAAGGAUAUAUGCGACAGGAUUCUUUGCCCGCUAAAUGCGUCCAUUCGCGAGCACUGUUCUGAGGGUCAUGAUAUUUUGACAGCAUCAGACAUGAAAGAAGCUUUGAAGCAACAUCCUGUAAGUGGGACGUCGGCCUCAGUAAACGUCGUUGACAAGUCAAGGGAAAGUCUCGAAGUGAACAAACUUGACAAUUUCGGUACGUUCCAUAAUUUCCAUUUUGAAAGUUCUGGAAUUCGGGCAUGGAAAGCUUACGGUAUUGGUCCAGGAAAGCUUUUUCCGUAUAAAGCGCUGUAUGUGAAGCAUCAGGGUCCAACUAUGUUUCAAACGGAGGGUAAUGAUGCAGCGCAUUGGUUUUACUCGGUCAAAGAAAGAGAUUUGAAUCCAGAACGAAAGAAACAACCAACCGCGAGCGAAUCACUUUUCGAGUGUUCUGUGUCAGGAUGUACCCAAGCUUUUGCAUUAUUCUCCGAGCUAGAGUCGCAUCUUAAUGUUGGCCAACAUACGGGAACCCAAGCUACAAGUGAAAGCUUUUAUGAUAAAGUGAGAAAAGAUUGGGCAGGAAAAUUUGCUUCAGUUGAUGUAGCGUCUCAAACAAAGUGUUAUGCAACUUUGACCUCAGCCACGUCCAGAUCUCUGGCAACGUCUUCAUCUACAGUCAUCAACGAUACACCCCAUUUCGACUACUGUUGUGAAGUUUGGAAUUCCAUUAGUAGAGGCCAGUCUGAACGACUACAAAAACUUCACAACAGAUGUGCUAGAAUUAUAAUGAACUUUAAAGAUGAGCCUGGGCAAUCUCAACUGGCCCUCGAUCAAUUAGGGUGGAUAAGCUUGGAAGAAAGGCGAAAACAUAAUAUGGCCCGUCUCAUGUUUAAGGUUGUCAAUAAUCUGGCACCAUCGAGGUUCUCAUCAAUGUUCCAGAAUUCUAACCAUAUCCACAGUUAUAAUUUACGAGGUUCAAAUUCGUCUCUCUUUCUGCCACGACCAAAUACCGAGUAUGGCAGAAAAUGUUUUUGAUAUAGUGGGGUUAAAAUCUGGAAUAGCAUUCCUGAACAAGUAAGAAACAGCGAAUCUUUAAAUUCUUUCAAUAGAGAUAUUUCCUCUGUUAGUCUGACGAAUUAGCUAUUUGAGUUUUGUAUACCAUUUGUUUUGUAAUAUGUAUUUGUAUUCGUAGUUCUUAAUUUUCUUAGUGAUUUUGUAUUUUAUAUAUUUUUGUAACAUUUAUCUACGCCCCACUUGGAAAGCAGCUAUGGUUGAAGUGGCCAGCGUAGUCAAAUAAAAUUUUAUCCUAUCCUAUCCUACCUCUGACCAUGGGAUGGGCAAUCAACAAGACCACGAGCUCCACUCGAUUUCCGCAAAAGGUAAAGGAUUAUCUGACAGCAAGAUUUUUAAUUGGCGAAAAAACUGGCUGUAAAGCUGAUCCAAACCAGGUUGAGAAGGAUAUGAGAACAUCUAGAAAUCCAUCGAAUGAACGCAAGUUUAAUUGCAAAGAAUGGCUAACGAAGACACAGAUAAAGGGCUUCUUCUCGCGCUUGGCAGCUACUCGUCGCAAAGAAAACGGUUUGGUAGGCAUGUCAUUGGAAUGUGAAGAAGAUGUAGAGUGCCUGGUGAAGGAUUCCGAACCACAAGAAUUAAUCGAGAGCAUCACUCAUGAACUUGGCUUGAAGCACCCUAUUACGUUCGACACGUAUGAUCUAUGUGAAUAUUAUCACAGAAAAAAGCUCUCCGAUUUCAAUGUUCCAAUGCUUAAAAACAUUCUUUGUCACCUUGAAAUUAACUUUAAGUCGAAGGACAAGAAGCAAAUUCUCGUAGACAAACUCAAAAACGUUAUCGGAGAGUGCGAAUGUGAUGUCAUGCACUACGAAUGAUCUGUUAACUUGCAUACAUGAAUCAAUAGAUCAUAACAAUUUACUUUUCGAAUCAUACUGCCACAAACAAGUGGAAACUCUUCUCAGUUUGUUGAUCAAGAAUUUACUCACAAAUUUCUCGGAAGUGAAAGUGAAAAAAAAAACGCGAGUUAUUAGGAAACCUACGAAAUUCAUCACAGCUAAAUAUCUUAGGUCUUCUAUUAAAGCUCUAGCUAUGGGAUUUUAUUGCAAUGUUUCCAAUAAUUCUUUUUUUCUCAUUUGCAGAUUCACCCGGUGACUGGGAACCAGGGCCGUGCCACCUGGGGGGCCUCCCCCCUACCUAUUAUUUUACGACUUUUUGGACCUCCCCCCUACCUACUAUUUUACGACAAAAUUCUUUGGUUUCUGGAAAAAAAAAUUUUGAGGGGGCCCCCAAAUGGGAGGGGGACCAAAUUUUUUAUUUCACCACCCCCCCAACCCAAAACCACUUGACACGACCGUGCUGGGAACGAAUCGCAAAAGUAAACAAAACAUUAUUAACUUUACUUCCGCUUUCCAUAUUCCAAGCCGUUUGAUGCAAAUAUGUUGUAAUUGAUACGUGUUUAGGACAUGGUUUAGGACUUUAGAUAAAUUUAUUGUGGUUACCUGAUAUCUUUGGCUUCAUUUUCCGUCAGAAUCAAGCAAGCAAGCUCGUUGUGACCAACAAAAUACAUGCGAGUUCUACCGCGUUCGAUGGAUACAGUAUUUUACUGCAUAAUUUUAUGAGCUUCGUUGAAUAGUUAUUUACAAACUUCACGCCAGUGGAUAAAAUUUCAGUUUAUGUGACAUUAUCUUGGAUUUAAAAUGUCACACGAAGAUCAGAACUCUCAACUUAUGGGCCGUUAUGGCUAGGUAAGAGAUUUAGUGAUCAAAUUACAUAGUACUUUGCGACGGCCAUACUCUGUCGGUUGGCACUGCAUUUUGAAAAUUUUGUGAUUUGUAGGCGACU